UGAACGUAUUUAACAUAACACCUGUUAUACUUCACAUUUUACUUCAGCUCACACACACGCUGAAGACCCGUUAUGUUUUGUUUGGAGUGUUUGAUGUUAAACUCCUCCCCCUCACCCUUGGCUUCAUCUUCAUCGGUCACUCUUCCAGUAUUUCACUAAAGGUGUAGCUGGUAAGGCUACUCCAAACGCUGUUCAGACGCACAGGUGUGUAGCUAACGAUGGAUUUAAAAGAUAAAGUUGCUGUUGUGACCGGAGCAGCUCAGGGUUUGGGCAGAAGCUUUGUCGAAAUACUCAUGAAAAAUGGGUCAAAGGUGGCUUUAAUUGAUGUGAAAAAAUCUCUUGGAGAGGAAUUGAAGACUACUCUUAAUAAGGAGUAUGGACCCACCAGGGCUGAAUUUUACAAUGCUGAUGUCUCAUCAGAGGAAGAUUUUAAAGGAGUUUUGAAAAAAAUUGUAGAGCAAUUUGGCCGAAUAGACAUCAUGUGCAACAAUGCUGGCAUCAUCAAUGAAAAGCACUGGGAAAAGACUAUUGCAAUAAACCUGGGUGGUGUGGUCAGGGGCACGUAUCUCGCUCUGGAAUAUAUGAAGAAAGAAAAUGGUGGCAGUGGUGGAGUCAUUGUCAAUGUUGCAUCCAUGGCAGGUUUGGGGCCUUUGCCAGUAGCACCCAUCUACACCGCUACUAAACAUGGCGUGGUGGGAUUUAGCCGUGCCAUGGCGGUUGUUUCCAAGUUGUCCAACUAUGGGGUGAGGAUCAACGUCCUCUGUCCAUGGUUUGUGAAGACCAAUCUUCUGUCCCUCUUGAAUUCAGAGGAGCAUACUGGAAGUUUUUUUCCUCUGAAGGGAGUCACGGAGAUGUUAAUGGAGAGUGAGGGCUGUCUAGAGGUGGAUGCCGUUGCCAAGGCCUUCCUUGUUCUUGUGAAAGAUGAGAGCAAAGACGGAGAAGUUCUGAUGAUUGAGCCAGAGGGAGCAGCUGUUAUUUCCUUUCCUGAAAAGGGCAAAGACAUCCCGUCUACUCCAGUCAGUCUAGAGUAGCCAAUCAGUUUCUUUCUUCAACUCAUUCAUUUUUGGAUUAAAGAUUUCAUACUCUUG